GCGCGACUCCAUUUUUCGGCGAUUUUUAUCAAAGUUCCUGAACAAUUUGAACGCUCCGAAUCUACUCCCGAGUUCAUCAACGAGCUGAAUCUGGAUUAACGGAAGAAUUUAAGCAGUUAUUCGGCUGACAUCAAACACCGAAACUACCUACCAUUAGGCUAUCAUUGUUAUUAGCAUCAUCUUUUCCUCAGCAGCAGAGUUUGGAUCAAACCGGAUCAGCAUCUACAGACAUGUCGAUGAUGUCAUUCUUGCUGCAUGGUUACUGCAGCAACAGAUCAAAAUGAGGCUGAGCAUGUUGUGGGGGAAUCCUAAGCCCCUCCCCUCUGCUGAUGUAUGAAGGGAGUGGCUCCGCCUCCACCUCUGCGCUAAGAGAUCCCCAAGCCCCGCCCCCUGUGCAUGUCUUCCUGCUCUGAUAAGAGAGUCUCCUAGCACCCGUCCCCUCUCUCUCUCUCCAUCUGUCCCGUGUGCAGACGGACGGUCGGCAGCAUGUCGGACCCCAGCGCAGCUCCGGCGCAGAGCAAAAGCAAAACUAAACCCUGCAAGAGAGGCAGUUUACACAGCAGGACCAGCCCAGAUCUGUGUGGCUCUGCUGACGUAAGGCCUUUGAUGUCCCAGCGCUCUCUGCCCGGCACACCAGUCACCCACAAACACCUGCCUAUCGACCUGCGCACAUCCAUGGACGGCAAAUACAAGGAGAUCGCUGAGGAGCUGCUGGCGAGGAGUCUGACGGACAGCGACAUGCGUUGCGCUCCGUACGAGUUUCCUGAAGAGAGUCCUAUUGAACAGCUGGAGGAGAAACGCCACCGUCUGGAGCGACAGAUCAGUCAAGACGUCAAGCUUGAGCCCGAGAUUCUGCUGCGAGCGAAACAAGACUUCAUGAAAAUAGACAGCGCUGCAGACCUGGAGUAUCUGAAGGACUGUCAUGUGGACGAGGUGGACCUGCAUCAUAUGGAGACACUUGUGGAGAAAAACUUCCAGCGCGUGUCCAUCUCAGGAGAGGAGAAGUGUGGGGUGCCGUUCACGGAUCUGGUGGAUGCAGCGAAGUGUGUUGUGAAGGCCUUGUUCAUCAGAGAGAAGUACAUGGCUCUGUCUCUGCAGACCUUCUAUAAAACCACUGGACGAUCCCUGCAGGAGCUCAGCCAGAGACCGCCGGACAUCGACGCAUACGAGGACCUUCACGAGAGUCCGGUUGACUCAGACAUGUCCGUUCACGCGCCGGUGUCAGAAACGCACCCGUACGAGGGGCAGGACAUGAAGAACCUGCCGCCGGACGCUGGAUACAGCUGCAAGAUGGUGGAUGGAGUCAUUCACGUCUACACCGCACAAAACCCCAUGGACAAGAGCACCGAGCUGGACCUGCCGUAUCCAGACCUGCAGGAAUACAUCGCCGACAUGAACGUGAUGAUGGCGCUCAUCAUUAACGGCCCCGUGAAGUCGUUCUGUUACCGGCGGCUGCAGUAUCUGAGCUCCAAGUUUCAGAUGCACGUCCUGCUGAACGAGAUGAAGGAGCUCGCCGCGCAGAAGAAGGUGCCGCACAGAGACUUCUACAACAUACGCAAGGUGGACACGCACAUCCACGCCUCGUCCUGCAUGAACCAGAAGCACCUGCUGCGCUUCAUCAAGAGCUCCAUGAAGAAGUACCCGGACGAGAUCGUGCGCAUGCAGGGCGGCCGCGGCCAGACGAUGAUGGAGGUGUUCGAGAACAUGAACCUGACGGCGUACGACCUGAGCGUGGACACGCUGGACAUGCACGCGGACAGGAACACCUUCCACCGCUUCGACAAAUUCAACUCAAAAUACAACCCCAUCGGAGAGUCCAUCCUCAGAGAGAUCUUCAUCAAGACCGACAACCACAUCCACGGGAAGUACUUCGGACACAUCGUCAAGGAAGUGAUGUCAGACCUGGAGGAGAGCAAGUAUCAGAACGCUGAGCUGCGUCUGUCCAUUUACGGCCGAUCCAUGGAUGAGUGGGACAAACUGGCGCUGUGGGCCGUCUCUCACUCAGUCUACUCUGACAACGUCCGCUGGCUCGUCCAGAUCCCACGACUCUUUGACGUUUACCGCACUAAGCAGCAGCUGAGUAACUUCCAGCAGAUGCUGGAGAACAUCUUCCUGCCGCUGUUCGAGGUCACCAUCAAUCCCAGCAGCCACCCGCAGCUGCACCUGUUACUGCAGCAUGUGGUGGGAUUCGACAGCGUGGACGACGAGUCCAAACCGGAGCAUCACGUCUUCAACCUGGACAGUCCGUCUCCGGCGCGCUGGUGUGACGACGACAACCCGCCGUACUCCUACUACCUGUACUACAUGUACGUCAACAUGACCGUCCUCAACCACCUGCGCAGGAGGCGGGGCUUCAACACCUUCGUACUGCGACCUCACUGCGGGGAGGCGGGGCCUAUCCAUCACCUGGUGUCUGGAUUCAUGCUGUCAGAAAACAUCUCCCACGGACUACUGCUCAGGAAGGCUCCGGUCCUGCAGUAUCUGUAUUAUCUGGCUCAGGUGGGCAUCGCCAUGUCUCCGCUCAGCAACAACAGUCUGUUUCUGAGUUACCAUCGCAACCCUCUGCCUGAGUAUCUGUCCCGCGGCCUGAUGGUGUCGCUGUCCACCGACGACCCGCUGCAGUUCCACUUCACUAAGGAGCCUCUGAUGGAGGAGUACAGCAUCGCCGCUCAGGUGUGGAAACUGAGCUCAUGUGACAUGUGUGAACUCGCUAGAAACAGUGUGUUAAUGAGCGGCUUCUCACACAAGAGUAAGAGUCAUUGGCUGGGUCCUGAUUACACUAAAGAGGGUCCCAUCAGUAACGACAUUCGGCGCACAAACGUCCCAGAUAUCCGUGUGGGGUAUCGAUACGAGACUCUGUGUGAAGAGCUGCACCUGAUCACGCAGGCCAUACGAACGCAGGAGCUGGACAGAAUCGAGGAGGAGGACGGGCUAUCAUUCACAUCCAGCCAACCAACACGCUAGAGACGAGCCCUGACCCCGC